AUGUCUUGCAGCCAGAAGAAGAAGGCUAAGAGCCUGAAAAAGAAGGCAGCACCCCACUUCACCCACCAGGCCUUCAUCAGUGGGGUGCAGGUGCACAGGCAAAUGCUUUAUCCCAGGGAUGGCUGCAGGAAACGCAGCUGCCUCACCUCUCUGGCCUGGGAAGCCAUCGCAGAGCAGGACAAGCUUGCACACAAGGAGAGGUCCAAGACCAGGGAUGGAAUGCCGGAACUCAAAGUCCUCAAUGGCUUCAAGGACAGAGCCAUCAAAUUGGAUGUGGACUGUACCUGCAGCGACGCCUUGGCUUCCUUGAACUCAAUGCCCUCAUUGCCUUCAAUGUCCUUCUCAUCAAAGGAGGCGUGCAGAUCCUCCUUGUCGGCAUCUGGCACUUUGCAGCACCAGAUUGUGCAGCGCUUAACAAGCCACGAUGAUCCAUUCCAACUUAAUGGUUUCUACUGCCUACAGGCAAUGAAGUUUGCCAUUGAGGAGAUCAAUAACUCAAGCACUCUCCUACCAGGCGUGACUCUGGGAUACAACAUCCAGGACACCUGUCUCAAGUCCUCGGUUGCGAUGCAGUCAGCCAUUUCCUUCUUGACCCCAAAGAACGGAAACAGAUUUGAAAUGAAGUGUGAUUACACGGACCAUAGCACACGAGUGCUAGCCGUCCUUGGUCCCUCUACCUCUGAGCUCUCCAGGGUGAUCACUCAACUCUUCAGUUUCCUUCUCGUUCCACAGAUUAGUUAUGCUGCUUCAAGCAAUUUAUUUAAUGAUAGGAUGAAUUUUCCAUCAUUUUACCGGACGGCUCCUGCAGAUGAAGUCCAGGCAGCAGCCAUGAUCUCAAUUGUGGAGACAUUUCAAUGGAACUGGAUGGCAGUGAUUGGGACAGACGACAUGUAUGGCCGCAAGGGAAUAGAACACAUUACACAACACGCCUCAAAAUCUGGCAUUUGCAUUGCCUACGAGGAACUGAUUCCCUUGAACCUACCACAUUCCAAACUUCAGAGGAAAAUGGAAUCAGUAAUCAAGAACAUUGUCUAUUCACGAGUUAAUGUCACGGCUGUGUUUGCUGAUGAGGGUAGUGCCAAGACAUUAAUGAUGAUAAUCCUCAAGCACAACGUGACAGGUAAAGUUUGGAUUGCCAGUGAGGCCUGGGUCAUCUCUAAAAUAGUCGCCAAGUCCCCAAACAUCUCAAGCAUUGGGACUAUUCUGGGUGUGGCCUUUAAAAGUGGCCAUAUCCCUGGGUUUGAGUACUACAUAUCUGCUGCACUGGCCUUCAACCACCUGCUCAAUCUGAAUUCUCAAAAAUGUGGGAGUGAUGAGAAAUUUCUGGGAGAGGAAAAGCAUAAGGAACAUCCAACACAAUCUGUUGAUGGAGGUGCUGUGACCGUUGAUGAAGACCGGCAGCGCAUUUCAUUUAAUGUUUACUCUGCAGUCUACACUGUUAGUCAUGCACUCCACCGCCUGCUCCGCUGUGACUUAGGAACCUGCACUAAGAGCACCGUUUACCCUUGGCAGCUCCUCAAAGAAAUUCCACAAGUUAACUUCACUCUCCACAGCAGAACCAUUUUCUUCGACAAAAAUGGAAACCCACCCACAGGAUACGAUAUUAUUAACUGGCAAUGGAAAAGCGGGAAUUCAACUCCUGAGUUCAAACUGAUAGGAGAAUACAGAGCGCAGGACAAGAAGCUUCUAAUUAAUGCAUCCCUGAUCAACUGGAACACUCUGCAGAACGAGACUCCAGGCUCCAACUGCUCAACUUCCUGUGGACCUGGACAGAUAAAGUUGGUUAAAGGAUAUCAUUCCUGCUGCUACAAGUGUGCAGAUUGUCCAGCAGGAACAUUUCAGAGUGGUGACAACCAGUGCGUGCCCUGUCUGAAGAAUGAAUGGUCAUUGCUGAAGAGUGUUAAAUGCCAGAAGAAAACAAUCGAGUUCCUGCAAUGGACAGACACAGUGGCUAUCCUGGUGGCCUCACUGGCUGCCCUGAGUCUCCUCAUCAUAGUGGCAAUAACCGGAAUUUUCAUCAUUAAUUUGAAUACCCCUAUGGUCCAGUUGGCUGGAGGGACAACCUGCCUGGUGAUGUUGGUUUCCAUGGCCGUCUCCUGCUGCAGCCUUUACUGCUUCAUUGAGGAGCCAAACUGGUUGCUCUGUACCAUCAGGCAGCCCAUUUUCUCAAUUGGUCUGACGGGCUGUCUAUCAGCCAUGCUUGUAAAGUCCUUGCAAGUAAGUGGCCUGUUCAGAGUGACUGGCUGCAUCCCACAAUGGUGGCCUGAGUUCAUGAGGCACAAUGACAGGCAUCUGAUGGUCUGUUCACUCUUCCUCCUUCAGAUCGCUCUGUGUUCAGUCUGGCAGUUGACCUCCCCUCCCUCUGUUUUUGCAAACUACAACAUUUCUGUCACAGCAAUAGUCAUGGAGUGUGAUGAGGGCUCUGUGACUGGCUUUGGGCUGAUGCUGGUCUACAAUGGCUUGCUUGCUCUUGCUUGCUUCCUGUGCACAUUCAUGGUUCAAAGUUCAGCCAAGAACUACAACCUGGCCCGGCACAUCACCCUUGCUAUGCUUAUUUACCUCAUGGCCUGGGUUUUCUUCAUCCCAGCCUACACCACUGCCAAGGGCAAGUUUGUCUCCUCUAUACAAUUGUUCACAGGUCUCGUGAGCAUGUAUGGCAUCAUUGCUGCCUACUUUCUGCCCAAAUGCUACAUUAUCCUCCUUAAACCAGAGUUCAACAGCCUAUCUUACUGUCAAAGUCCGAUGGACAAUCCUCCACCCAACUCCGAAUCCCAGUGA